CACAUACACACACACGCGCAUACACGCAGACUGUCACUGCUCAGCAGUCAGCAGUUCUGUCUACCUGCGCUUUGCAAACAGAAGCGGUGCGCGUUACCCUAAUGAACCCGGUGGAUUUUACUUGAGGAACGACAGAAACAGGGCAGUUAAAUAAUUAGCAAUGUCUCUUUAUUGCAUUGCAUGGAUUUGCGGAUUGAUGCUUUCCCCGUUUUUGAAGAGGUAACAGUAAAGGUGCAUGCAUGACAUCAUGGAUUGCCUUUUCCUUUUGCUCUGGAGUUUACAAGUCCCUCUGGUAAGCAGCACAUCAGGGAGAUUAUUGGCGAGUGUGUCGUUUGGGAACUUUAUAAAGGCUCUGCAGUUCUGUUGCUUCCACUCUGUAACAUCGGUCUCAUUUACCGGCGACCUCGGCGUCCUCUAUCAAGAUUAUGAUUUUGCCACACCAGUGGAAGUGGACUCACUUGGAGCCUUCAUUUCCCAUGAUGUGUCAAGACAUGGAAGAAUUAAGAGAUCCCUGUCAGAAGCAGGUGGUCCAGUGCAUUAUCAUGUCUCUGCAUUUGGCAAGGAAUUACACUUAGACCUGCAGCCGUCCCAUGUGCUGGCAGAGGGGUUUACCGUACAGACACUGGGUUCAGAAGGCAUCAAUACAGCCAACCUUGACCCCUCUAUUCAUAACUGUCUCUAUCAGGGUUCCAUCCGAAACCAUUCUGAAUCCUCUGUGGCUAUAUCCACCUGCACAGGUCUGUCAGGUUUGAUCCGGUUCUCCGGCGAGGAACUUCUCAUCACUCCGCUACCGCAGCAUUUGGCUUUACAACACAACUACAGCGCCCCCUCUGGACAUCACCCACAUGUCAUCUACAAGCGAUCAGCUGAGCGCAGAGUGCACGCUGAUAAGACUGACAUGUCCAGCAGUGUUAAACCAAACAACCCCUACGAGAGCAACCACCGUCAUCACCACCACCGUCACCAUGAGUACCAGCACGGAAAGCUCCAGAGACAACACUUCUGCGGACGCCGCAAGCAAUAUACUCCCAAGCCUCCUACAGAGGAUCAUUUUGUCAUGCCCGAUGAGUUUGAGCAGCAAAGCCGGGUGAAGCGCUCAGAGAUUACAUCAAGCAAAGAGGCUGGACUGAAUGUUGAAACUCUAGUGGUGGCAGACAGGAAGAUGCUGGAGAAACAUGGCAGAGACAACGUCACUACCUAUGUCCUUACUGUCAUGAACAUGGUCUCCAGUCUUUUCAAAGAUGGAACUAUUGGAAAUGAUAUCAACAUUGUUGUGGUCAGCCUCCUCCUACUUGACAAAGAUCCGCUGGGUCUGUCUAUCAACCACCACGCAGACCAAUCACUCAACAGCUUCUGCCAGUGGCAGUCAGGCCUGAUAGGUAAAAACGGCAAGCGGCACGACCAUGCCAUACUGUUGACGGGGCUGGACAUCUGCUCCUGGAAGAAUGAACCUUGUGAUACAUUGGGUUUUGCUCCAAUAAGUGGGAUGUGUAGCAAGUAUCGUAGCUGCACGAUUAAUGAAGAUACGGGGCUGGGCCUCGCCUUCACCAUCGCCCACGAGUCAGGACAUAAUUUUGGAAUGAUCCAUGACGGAGAGGGGAAUCCCUGCCGGAAGACUGAAGGAAACAUAAUGUCUCCCACAUUGGCUGGGAAUAAUGGUGUUUUCUCAUGGUCUGCCUGUAGUCGGCAAUACUUGAACCGAUUUUUAGGUACAGCUCAGGCUUCAUGUCUAGUGGACGAGCCCAAGCACAUAGGCCAGUACAAGUACCCUGAGCAGCUUCCAGGUCAGCUGUAUGAUGCUGAUAUACAGUGCAAAUGGCAGUUUGGCUCGAAAGCUAAACUGUGCAGCCUGGACUUUGUAAAGGACAUCUGUAAGUCAUUGUGGUGCCACAGAACAGGACACCGGUGUGAGACCAAGUUCAUGCCUGCUGCUGAGGGCACCAUCUGUGGACCAGACAUGUGGUGCCGGAGAGGACAGUGUGUCAAAUUUGGUGAUCAUGGUCCUAGAGCAGUGCAUGGCCAGUGGUCGGGCUGGUCCGAGUGGUCUGACUGUUCACGCACCUGUGGUGGAGGGGUCAUGUACCGAGAGCGAUCCUGCAACAGCCCCAGCCCACAGCACAACGGCAAGUUCUGCCAAGGCCCCAGUCGACUGCACCAGCUGUGUAACACCAAGCCAUGCCAGCCCAAUGAAGUGGACUUCAGAGCUCAGCAGUGCACUGAGUACAACAGCAAACCCUUCAGGGGAUGGUACUACAAAUGGAAGCCAUACACCAAAGUGGAAGAAGAGGACAUCUGUAAGCUGUACUGCAUUGCUGAGGACUUUGAUUUUUUCUUCGCAAUGUCCAGCAAAGUCAAAGAUGGGACGUCUUGCUCUGACUACAAAGGUGGCGUGUGCAUUGAUGGAAUAUGUGAGCCGGUGGGCUGUGACCAAGUGUUGGGAUCAAAGUCCGCUUUGGAUGCCUGUGGAGUGUGUAAAGGGGACAACUCCACCUGCAAGUUCUACAGUGGCCAGUACACCCUCCAGCACAGAGCCAAUGAAUAUUACCCCGUUGUGAUGGUUCCCGCUGGAGCGAGGAGCAUCAGGGUGCAGGAGAUGGAGAUCUCCACCAGCUACCUGGCUGUCCGCAGUCUGAAACGUGGUACCUACUACCUGACGGGGGACUGGACAGUGGACUGGCCUGGCAGGUUCCAGUUCGCAGACACUACGUUCAACUAUCAACGCUCUUUCAACCGGCCUGAGACCUUGUACGCUGCAGGCCCCACUAAUGAGACCCUGCUCUUUGAAAUUCUUCUUCAGGGUAAAAAUCCUGGUAUAUCAUGGGAAUACACUCUACCACAUCCGGAGAAGAAGCACAACUACACCUGGUCCGUGGUGCGCUCUGACUGCUCUGCACCUUGUGCUGGGGGUCGGGUCUCGACGAAACCCAUUUGUUUGCAGGACCAGAACACGCAGGUCAACUCUUCACUCUGCAACCCUGAGACCAGACCUGUGGUGGGCUCUCACCUGUGCAACACACAGCCCUGCCCUGCCUAUUGGACGACAGGUAAAUGGGGAGUGUGCAGUAGAACAUGUGGAGGUGGGCAGCAGACGCGAAACAUCCGCUGCAUGAGGAAGGUGACAUACCAGCGGGAGGAGGUGGCGGCUCACUCCUUAUGUCCAGUAAUGGCUCCGGCCCAACUACAGCCCUGCAGCACACAGGCAUGUCCUCCAGAGUGGAGCACCGGCACCUGGUCUCAGUGCUCUAAGACCUGUGGGCGAGGGUUGAAGAAGCGCAGUGUUUUCUGCAGGAGCACCGAUCCAGGUGCUAGGGCUGUGGUGGUUCCUGACAGCAUGUGUAAAUUACACCUAAAGCCCAAAGCCCAGGAGACCUGUGUGCUGAGCCGAUGCCCCAAGAAUGAGCGUCUUCAGUGGAUAACUACCGCCUGGGGAGAGUGUUCAGCCUCCUGUGGAGCAGGAGUAAAGAGAAGAGAGCUGCAAUGUGGGGAGAAAGACUCCCACGGAGGCUAUACAGAGUUCCCAGCAAGGAGGUGCAGGAACCUCCGCAAGCACCAAGCGGACCUUGAACAAGCGUGUAAUAAUGGCCCCUGUCCAGAGCCCCCACCUCCCCAUCUCCUCCAGCCUGGCCCAGACAGGGGUGGCACUUCUGUGACUCUGGGCUGGUACUCCUCUCCUUGGCUGCAGUGCACGGUGUCCUGUGGUGGUGGGGUGCAGACACGUAGCGUUCAGUGUCUGAGACAAGGGCGUCUGUCAGUGGGCUGUUUACCUCAUCAGAGACCCAUAAGCUCACGGGCCUGCAAUACACAUUUCUGUCCUGGUCCAAUCCUAGUUCCUGUCCAACCUCCCUCACCUACACUUAAAGAAGACCAGCCUUGCAUUGACUUCUUCAGCUGGUGUCAUCUGGUGCCUCAGCAUGGCGUUUGCAAUCACAAAUUCUAUGGUCAACAAUGCUGCAAGUCCUGUUCCGCCAAAAGACAGUAGAGGAGAAGAUCUUCCCAUGAACCUCCUCACUGACUCUGAGAUCUGAAAAUCAUUGUCAUACAGAUAACCACUAUGGACAAAGUUGAUAUUUGCCAGAUGUGGUAAAGAGACAUUCCACUGGACCAUGUCUUGAGAGAUAAUGAGAGACUGGAAUCCAAGGAACUCGAGUAACUCUGUACGUUGGAAAACUGCGCCUGGAUCUGGCUUCAUCUGUGGUGUAUCAUACCUAGAAUUGUGGUUCUUCAAUAACCAAUCUGCAGAACAUUUAUAUUGUAAAUAUCUCUGCUUGUUCUUUUAUGAUUGGUGACGUGACAAAAGGUUAAAGCCAUUAAGAGACUUCCAUCAUCAGUUCAUUUGUAUGCUACAUUGAAGACCACCAGAUGAACAUUGGUGUGACUGUGUGCAUCUGAAGUACUGUAGAAGACUUUGAGCUCCAGGUGAACCCAUGAGACUCUGUUUACCAGCAGAUCUAUACAGAACUGAGGCAUGAUUCACACAGCGUUCCACUGCACUGCUUUUUAAUGAUUUCAUCAAUGUAUACAUGUUCUCGAUGCUUGUCCGUUGCUUUGUGUCUUGAUGCUUUUUAACCUCUUGCAUGUGAGUGCUUUUUUGUGUCGAGUUAAGAGAAGUUGAAUGUUUGGCACAGCUCAUAAAUGUCAGUUUCAAAACAGUGGACCAAUCAGAAGAAACCAAGGGCAGGACAAACUUCAGAAAUAACUGUUCAGCAUUUGUUGGAGGAAGAGUUUAUCUAUAGCCACUGUGAUAAAAACAACAUUUCACACUGAACAGCUCUUCAGCCUGUAAUCAUUUAGACUAAAGGUGUGGUCACAUUUGUGAAAUUUUGCAUCAGAAUUGUCAAUUGUCUAAUGUUAGUAGUGUAGUGAUGUAUGAAGCACAGCUCACACAGAAGUAACUUUCAAACUAAGCGACUUUAUUUGUUUACGCAACAAAUCCACGUUGUACGACUUGAACCUAUUACAAAAUCUGAUCGGGGAAAUCAUUCUUCCCUGUGCAAAAGUCUUGAUCACAUGGAUUCCUAUUGAAAUGACUGAAAUUUGAUGAACAAUGGUAAUUGUGACCACACCUCAAUACUGCCUGCUUUGCAUGACUGCUUUAGUUUGAAUCAGUGAAUGUGUUGAAUCAGUAUUUUUGGUGCAAUAAGAAGUGCAGCGCACAUUCUCAUUCCAUCAUCUUUUUUUUUUUCACAAAAUAAUUCAACUUAUAUAUUUUAUUAGUUAAUGUGUUUACUUCAUUAAAAAAAGAAAACACACUAUGUUCUUAUAUGUAUAUGUAUAUAUAUGAACUACAGUAACAUUUCCUCCUGUCAAGAGAGCAUGCAGGCUUAUGAUUUUAAUACACAUUACCAUGCAUCAGUUUUCUCUGUGAAGCUGGUGUAACCUGUAAGGUUGAAUCACAAUCCCACCUGAUUGCCACAGAAGACUAAAGCAGACAAGAUAGAUUCAUCAUAAAUGAAGAUCAGUGCUUCUGCUGAAAUAUAUGGGUCCAUUGGCGGAUGAACAAAGUUUGUGUAUGACUGCCAGUAUGUGUGUGUGAAAUUUGUCUGCGGUUCAUGCAGCGCUGUCUCCCAUGCGGUGUGCGAGAGGGUUGAGUUCGUCCCAGAUGUGUGUCAGAGAGAGUAGAGUAGGUUGCUCUCAGUCACUUUGUAGGGACCAAUUAGUGUGCAGGAGUGAGUGUCAUGUUCAGGAGGAGGAGAAGCUAACAAACCCAAGCCUCUCAGGACUUGGGACCUCAUCUCAGUUUACUUUGUUAGUGCUCUUCCUCUCUUUCUGUUUGCUGCAGUUGUUGGGCCACUGUUUUGUUCUGUGGAGUCUCACCUUAGUAAUCCUUUCCCAGGGUUCAGGUAUGACGGUCCGGCUCUGACAAUAAACAUUGGAGCAGAUGGCACAUGUGGUGUAGCAGAAGCACUCAUUCUGUCUUCAUUUCAUUCCGAACACUUCAUUAACAGUCCCCAACCCCUUGAAGGGACAUUUGCAUACACUAAUAAGUUCAAAAGGUCACUUUUAAAAGUAGAUGUUGCACUGCAGGGUGCCCUGUCCUUUUUUCCUGAACCAUUUUAAAGAGUACUUUCAAAUAAUAGUUUUAUAACGUCUGGAACUCAGUUAGUUUCAUUUGUUCAUUGUUUUUGACUUAAAAAGUGCUCCUAAUCACAAACAAACAUAAAAGUAUAUUGUUUAGGCUUGUUGUGAUGUAACGUAUGUUGUACAAAUGUCUUUCAUCACUGUCUGAAUUGAAAAAGUGUGUAAUUUAUUAUAUGUCAAAAAUAGUUCCUGGGCUACAGUGUUGUCUGGAGAGGAGCUUUCCGCAUAAUAGCACACUGCAAGUGUGAUAUUUAAUAUUUUCACUGAAAGUUUUAUAAUAAAAAGUAUUUGAUUUACUGUA